GAUCACUACUCAAGCAGAAGUUUCCUAAGACUGUCACAAAGAUGUUUGACAUAAAGGCGUGGGCUGAGUAUGUCGUGGAAUGGGCUGCAAAAGACCCAUGUGGCUUCCUUACCACAGUCAUUCUGGCUGUCACUCCACUCUUCCUAGCAAGCGCUGUACUGUCCUGGAAAUUGGCCAAGAUGAUUGAGGCCAAGGAGAAAGAGCAAAAGAAGAAGCAAAAACGUCAAGAAAAUAUUGCCAAAGCUAAACGACUAAAAAAAGAUUAAAGGAAUGGAGAGGUUGUGUAACUGGAGAAAAACCAUUUGGAAAUCGUGCAGCUUUGGAAGGACUCACUAAGGUUUCAUUCAUGUUCAUGGAAGUAUUACUUAAUAAAUUACAUCUGACCAUAUAGGAGAAUCAUGUUCUGACCUCGAUACUGUAGUAACUUUUAGGCUAUUAUAGAAGUUUGUUGGUUUCUGCCGAAAGUUAUUAUGAAUUGGCAUUUACCAUACUGGAACAUGUUUAAUCUGAAAAUCCAAGCCCCUCUCAAAUCUGAAACGUGCAGACAUGAUG